AUGACGAGACGGCCGCAAGCCUCGAGGCGCAAGAGCAGAGAAUCCGGCAGUUUGGUCAGACGCUCUACACGUUGCGGUCCUUCAUCCUCCAGAAGACCUCAGAGUCGGACUUCCGGGGGGAGAUGGCUGGCUGCCUGGAGACAGCUGCGCAGCUCAAUAAGAUGCUGCAGGCGAAGUUGCUUCCCGGGUGAGCUUGUGCAGAACCCGGAAUAUGACUGGUCUGUUAACUUGGGGAGAAUGUGGGAACUGCAAACUCCCCGUAAGAGACUUGCCGGGUCUGGCAGGAGAGCGCUCUUCGGCCGCCUUGUUAGCUCGCUGGGGCCUCACGUGCUUUUGGACACGCGUGGGCGCUUCAACAAGCAACUCCCACAUGGGAACUGCAGGUGA